UAAGUACCUAACACACUACUGACUACAGUAGUGCCUCUAUCUCUACUAACUCCAUUUUCCAACCAAAAGGAGAGACACUUCUCCUAUUCCAUUCCCAUUUCAACCCAUUCCCUCUCUCCCUUUCCAUUUCCCAAACACUUCUUAAACCCAAACCCAAAACCAAAACCAAAACCAAAUCCAAAUCCAAAUUCAUCUUCAAUCAUGGAAUGGCACUUUCCAUUCCCUUUCCCAUUCCAUAAACUCCUCAUUCUCUUCUAUCUCUUCAUCUUAGUAGACUCAACAUGCACAAACACCAACACUACUCAUGACUUUCACUUAGUCCUCAAAGCCUUCAAUUCUGUCUCUGGAUUCAAUAAAUCUCAUCUUUUCCCUCACAAAAAUUGCUCUAUUACUCAACUAGACCUCUCAUUUCAUAACCUUAGUGGGACAAUUUCAUGGAACUUCUUAAGAAACCUUUCCCAAUUACAAUCUUUAGAUCUUUCCCAUAACUACCUUAAAGGGUCUAUCCCAAAUUGGUUAUGGUCCCUUAAUUCUUUGCAUAAAGUCAAUCUUUCUACCAACCAGUUUGGGGGUAGUAUUGGGAUUUCACAUUUUUCACUUAAUUCAACUUUUGAAGUUCAAAGUAUCAAUAUUUCCCAUAAUAGGUUGACCAAAUUAGUCAAUUUUUCUGGCUUUUCUAAUUUGACUUUCCUUGAUGUUUCACACAAUAAUUUGAGGGUUUUACCAUCUGGGUUUCUUCAUAAUGUGACCAAAUUGGAGUAUUUAGAUGUUUCAAGCUGUAAUCUUUCUGGUAGUCUAAAACCCAUUAAAAGCUUGAAGAAUUUGAGAUAUUUAGAUGUUUCAAAUAAUGAUUUAGUGGGUAAUUUCCCUUUAGAUUUCCCAUCAUUGGAAAAUCUCAAAUUUCUAAACAUUUCAUUGAAUAAAUUCAGUGGAAGUUUCUCCAAGGAGAAUAAAUAUUACUAUAAAUUUGGUAAAUCUGCUUUUUUUAAAGCUGGAAAUUUCAAUUUUUCAAAUGUUUUGGUUACAAAUUCAAAGAUCCCACAUCAUAAACCUCUUACAAAUGAAAAACCCACAAAAGAGAAGCAAAAAAACAGAGUACCCCCACAUUCAAGAAAAAUGGGGUUAGAAUUCAUCAUGGGUGUGUCGUUUGGUUCAUUUGGAAUUGUCGUUUUACUCUCUGUUUGCCUGUACCUCAUCCACAGGAGAAGAAAGAUAGGGAGGAACAAGAAAAAAUGGGUGAUUUCAAAACCAAUACAAACUCCUUACAAGAUGGACAAAUCAGGGCCGUUUAAUUUUGAAACAGAAUCAGGAUCAUCUUGGAUGGUGGAGAUCAAAGAACCAUCAUCUGCUCCUGUUGUGAUGUUUGAGAAACCAUUGAUGAGCUUAAGUUUCAAGGACUUGAUUGCAGCCACGUGUCACUUUGGGAGGGAAUCACAGCUGGCAGAAGGAAGGUGUGGACCCCUUUAUAGGGCAGUACUUCCAGGUGAGAUCCACGUGGCAAUCAAGGUAUUGGAAAAUGCAAGAGGAGUUGACCAUGAAGAAGCUAUUGCAAUGUUUGAAGAUUUGUCAAAACUUAAGCACCCUAACUUGUUGCCUAUUUCUGGAUACUGUAUUGCAGGUAAAGAGAAGCUUGUAUUAUAUGAAUUCAUGUCCAAUGGUGAUUUGCAUUCUUGGUUACAUGAACUCCCUCCGGGUAGACCUAAUAUCGACGAUUGGAGUACCGACACAUGGGAGUACCAAACUGACGUUGAGGCCGAUCAUAGUAUUAGUAACAUUACAUCGCCUGAGAAAAUAAAUUGGCUCAUGCGCCAUAGAAUUGCCCUUGGCGUGGCUCGUGGGCUUGCAUAUCUUCACCAUGCACGGUCCAAACCGGUGGUCCAUGGACACCUUGUUCCCUCGAAUAUUCUCCUAGCCGAUGACCUUGAGCCACGUGUGGCGGAUUUUUGUAUGGGUUUUAGUGAAAAUGUGGGGUCUACUCAAGAUGAUGUAUAUGGCUUUGGGUUAGUGGUCAUUGAGUUGAUGACCGGUCAGACAGGUAAUUCUGAUUUAGUAAAUAAAGUGAGAAGAUCGAUAAGAGAUGGUAACGGAGCUAAUAUGUUAGACCAAAGACUUAAACUCGAAGAUGACUUGGUGAACAAAGCGGUUGAGUGCCUUCGAGUUGGGUAUUUGUGUACCGCUGAGAACAGUAGUAAAAGGCCUACAAUGAAACAAGUUGUGGGUUUACUCAAGGAUAUACACCCAAGCUAAUUCAAUAGCACUUAAGACCUAUUGGAUUGUACUUCUUUAAUUUAAGGUCCCUAAAGAGAUUUGCUUCACUCUUUUACCCCACAUAUUUCAUAAAACAAGGCUUACUUACUUGAGGUUACUUUUGCACGGGCUCCAAUACAUCGCAUGCUAAAUGAAUUUAUUUUUGUUAGUGACGAUUUCUGAAUUGAAUUGUUUUGGUUUACGUAGCUGAUCUCAUAUUGUUUUGAACAUGAGAUUAAGGCUUUGAUAUUACUGUUUUUGUAUUGACGAGUGUUGGAGAAUGUAAAAGGGUAAAAAGAAAAAUGUAAAAAGAAGAAAAUGGUAGACAAAAAGAAGUGGGGCAAAGGUGAAGAUACUAAGAUAUGGAGGGAAUAUGGAAAUGUGGUUAUGGUGGUGGGAAGGAAGUUGUUUAGGAAUAGUCCCACUAAUUAUUUGUCUUUUACUAAUUUUGUAGAGAAAAGAAUUCAAUGAUUAAACCCUUUUUCUCA